CCAGGCCGCCGGCCGUCUCGGCUGAAGGCUCGCGGCCAGCCAGCGACGCGCGCGCCGGGGAUCGAUGGUGCGCGCGGCGCGGCGCGGCGCCUUCGGCUGCUUGGAGGCGCGCCAGUCCGCCGAGGAGCGCCGAGCCGACCGCACACCUCCGCCGCCCCGUCCCUUGCGAUUCCCACGGCUGCGCGCUCACUGCCGUAAGUAUCCGCGGACCGCCGAGCACUCGCCGUCCGCUGGCGACGUCGGCGACGUCGGCGACUCGGUCGCGGCUCGCGGCGAUCGCGAGCGGUCCGAUCGAUGCGACGCGGCGGCCCGCGACGGCCGCGGCAAUCUAGUUCAAGGUGGCGUCGUCAGACGGCCACGCGCGCAAAUUUCGAAAACACUCGAAGAUCACGCGGCUGGCCGAGCGUUGCCAAUCUCGUCACGGCUAACCUCUCACGCCUCGAUGUGCGAGUGUGCCCCCAGGGGUAGCGCGACGAGAAUGAAGACCAUCUGGAUAAUCGGCGGCCCGGGCUGCGGCAAGGGCACCCAGUGCGAGAGGAUCAUCGCCAAGUACGGCUUCGCGCACCUAAGCAGCGGCGACCUGCUCCGGGAGGAGGUCGCCAGCGGCAGUCCCAGAGGCGCGGAGCUGCAGGAGCUUAUGUCCAAGGGACUCUUCGUGCCGACGGACGUCGUGCUGACCCUGAUCAAGGAGCGCAUCGCCAAGGCCCGCUCGGAGCAGCCGUCGCUGAGGGCCGUGCUGGUCGACGGAUACCCGCGCGAGCUCGAGCAGGGCCUGCAGUUCGAGAAAGACGUGAGCGCCGUCGACCUGAUCAUCUUCUUCGACGUGCGCAACGAGACGCUCGUCGGCCGGCUGCUAGGCCGUGCCGCCGCCGCCGCGGUCAAGCGGGACGACGACAACGAGGAGACCAUCAAGAAGAGAAUUGAGAUCUUCAACGAGAAGAAUGGCAAGAUCGUCGAGCACUACAAGGACAAGUGUCUCAAGAUUAACGCGGAGGGCAGCGUGGACGACGUCUUCUCGCAGGUGUCGCAGGCCAUUGACAAGUUGCUCGCUUCAUAAAUCUCUCGGUCGUCAAUCAUCGUAUUUCCGGCACUAAAGAAACGGCGCCACACUGAUUACGCUUAUUUAGAAAAACGCAAAGGUCUACAUCGUUCAAACGUUUGGGAAACCUGUGUACAUACGUAUGUUUCUUAAGUUCGGCCUGGUCGUAGUACAAAAAUCUAUUGUGUAAGUUGAAAAAACUACGCUGACAAUAAAAGCGCGCAAGACA